AAAGACGUUCGACUUGGGAUGCGAUACUAACCCGUAGUUAUGGUGACUCAACUUAGGAGAAACGGGAUGCUGCCUGUCUUUGAUUCAGCAUUAGCUUUUGCCAAGAAAGUCAAAGUCCUUUGUCGUGUUCCUUUGCCGUAUGCACUAAGCGCACAGGAACUUGCUGUAAAGGCGCUGAAAAUGUCCUACGACUGAAAUGCGAGGAUUUUGCCUCGUUUAAUGCGCAAGAAGAGACGAGAGAAACAGUCAUGGGAAUGCUUGAAAGAAGACUGCUCGUCGCUUUGGGCAUUCUUAUGCUCCCCGUGUUCUGCUUUACGCGUACAUCAAGUAAAGCAGCCUCGGGUGAUGCCAGCCCAGAUGCCCAGAGCACGUUGCCCCACUUCCUGAUGGAGCCUGAGGAUGCCUACAUCAUCAAGAGCAACCCAGUGAAGCUGAAGUGCCGGGCGACGCCCGCCCUGCAGAUCUUCUUCAAGUGCAAUGGGGAGUGGGUGCACCAGAGCCAGCACUCAUCCCAGGAGUACAUGGAUGAGAGCACAGGCCAGAGGGUGCGUGAGGUGGUGAUAAAUGUGACGCGACAGCAGGUGGAGGACUUCCACGGCCCUGAGGACUACUGGUGUCUCUGUGUGGCCUGGAGCCACCUGGGCACCUCCAAGAGCCGCAAAGCCACCGUCCGCAUCGCCUACCUGCGGAAGAACUUUGAGCAGGACCCUCAGGGGAAGGAGGUGCCAAUCAAGGGCAUGAUUGUGCUUCACUGCCGGCCCCCAGAGGGAGUGCCCAUGGCUGAGGUGGAGUGGCUGAAAAAUGAGGAGCUGGUGAGCUCCAUCGCCGACGACAACAUCGACACGCGCGCCGACCACAACCUCAUCAUCAACGAGGCCCGCCUUUCUGACUCAGCUAACUAUACGUGCCUGGCCAGCAACAUCGUGGCCAAGAGACGCAGUGCCACGGCAACCGUGGUGGUUUUUGUAAAUGGCGGCUGGUCUUUGUGGACUGAGUGGUCGCCCUGUAAUGUAAAUUGUGGCAGAGGCAUUCAGAAACGCACUCGCACCUGCACCAAUCCUGCCCCCCUGAAUGGAGGUGCAUUUUGCGAGGGCAUGUCUGUACAAAAGAUCACCUGCAACGCACUCUGCCCUGUGGACGGCGGCUGGGACGAGUGGGGCGAGUGGAGCACAUGCAGCGCCCAGUGCGAGCGUCAGCGCGCGAGGGAGUGCACGGCGCCAGCUCCCCGCCACCGCGGCAAGAUGUGCGAGGGCGAGAGCGAGGCCACGGAGAACUGCACGGGAGGCUUGUGCACCGAGAAUCGAAAGCUGCUGCAUGAUGUAAAACCUCAAAGCAUGGACGGUACUAAUGAUGUGGCCCUAUACUCGGGACUGGCAGCUGGGGUCAUCGCGGUUGCCGUCCUUGUUGUGGCUGUCACGCUCUACAGGAAGAGCCAGAGCGAGUAUGGGGUUGAUGUCAUCGAUUCGUCUGCACUCACCGGAGGCUUUCAAUCCUUCAACUUUAAGACCACCAGACAAGGCAACCCUCUCCUACUGAAUUCCUCAAUGCAGCCCGAUAUAACAGUGGGGCAGACGUACAGCAGCCCGAUCUGCUUUCAAGACUCCAUAGACAAAGAGCUCUUUGACCCCCUGCCCGACAUCAAGGUCAAAGUUCAGAGCUCCUUUAUGGUUUCACUAGGUGUGGCUGACCGGGCAGAGUACCACGUCAAAGCCCACCCCGAGACCUUUCCCCGCGGCAUGGACAGAGACUGCCACACCAUGGACGGCCGGAAGAAGAACCUGACGCUGCUCUCGCGCCCCAGCGCGCUCACGGCCGGCAAGGCACAGCCGAGAACCACAGGUGUCUUCGGGCAUCUGGGCGGCCGUCUGGUUGUGCCGAACACCGGGGUGAGCUUGCUGGUAUCCCAUGGGGCCAUUGCUGAGGACACCUCUUGGGAAAUGUAUAUGGUGAUAAAUCAGAGGGAAUCCAGUGUGAAGGCAGCAGAGGGCUAUGAAAUUCUCCUGGCGCCAGAGGUGACAUACGGUCCCCCAGGGCUUGACCUCUCCUUCCCUGUCGCAAUGACAAUUGCCCACUGUGCCGAGGUUAACGCUGCAAACUGGAACAUCCAGCUCAAGAGACAAGCAAAGGACAACAAGUGGGAGGAAGUGAUGUCAGUGGAGGAUGAGUCAAUGUCCUGUUACUGUUUAAUGGAGGCCAACUGCUGCCAUGUGCUGUUGGACCAGCCCGGCUCAUACGCCCUGGUGGGCGAAGCGCUCACCGAGGAGGCCGUGAAGAGGAUGAAGCUGGCUGUCUUCGGCAGCACGGAGCCCAACUCCACGGACUACAGCCUCCGCGUGUAUUGUGUGGAUGACACGCCAUAUGCCUUUCAGGGAGUGGUUACCACGGAGACAAGCAAAGGUGGACAGCUUCUGGAGGAGCCCAAGAUUCUGCUCUUUAAAGGGAACUCGCUCAGUCUGCAGGUGUCCAUCCAGGACCUCCCCCACUUUUUAUGGGAUAUCAAACCCUUCACUACCUGUCAGGAAUUCUCCUUCUCCCAAGUGUGGUGCAGCAACCAGCAACCCUUGCACUGUGCCUUCCUACUGGAGAGAUAUAGUUCGGCCAACACCCAGCUGUCCUGCAAGAUCAGUGUGAGGCAGGUCAAGGGCCACGAGCAGAUUCUGCAGGUCUACACUUCUGUCACAGAGAGUGAAAAACAGACGGUUCCAUAUUUUAUGCAGGCAGACUGCACAGUCACCUCGCACACGGGGGCCAAAGCCUUCAAAAUACCACUGUCAAUCCGACAGAGGAUCUGCGCCACUUUUGACACUGCCAAUGCUAAAGGCAAGGACUGGCAGCUCUUAGCACAGAAGCUCCACAUAGAGAGGAACUUGUCCUAUUUUGCGAAGCAGAGGAGUCCCUCUGCAGUCAUCCUGAGCCUGUGGGAGGCUCAGAACCAGGACAAUGGCGACCUUGACUCGCUAGCCAGCGCUUUGGAGGAGAUAGGCAAGAUCAACUCGAAGCACCAGCUCAAGAGCCCAGAGGAGCCACGCCAAGACUAUAACCAAUGAGGGAACAUUUUCGGUCUUAUUAUGGAAGAAAAAAAACACAAACAAGACAAAAUGAAACAAACUUCAAAAAUUAAAAAAAUGGCCUAAUAUAAUCAACAUUCUGGCGGUCAACAUGCGGUAGGAGAAUGCAAACUCAAUCCCUGCAUCUCCAGGGUUAGUCACAGGGGAGUGCUGGUCAAAGCAAAGUCCACAGCAACGUAUCAAUUACCUAAAAAGCAAACUGUUCAAGUGCUUUGUACGAGCAAAAUGUCAUCUGUCAGAUCUUGCUUGCAGAUCAAAGGCACUGUAUUCUGUAUUAUAUGUGUGUGUGUGUGUGUGUGUGUGUGUGUGUGUGUGUGUGUGUGUGUGUGUGUGUGUGCGUGCGUGUGCGUGCGUGUGUGGUGGUAAUUUUUUACCAUAGAAUGAAUAAAGAAACUUGGUACCAGUCUACUGCAGCCAAAAGAAAGUUUAACCUCUUCGUUCAAGUCCAUCUUCAUCAUGUCAUAUUUUCUCGAGGUUUAUGGAGGCUUUACUCUUGAUAUGUGGUUGUUAAGCGUGAUUUCUGUUACACACACGUGCGUGUAUAUCUACCUUUGAAUUAUGUCCUGCUUGUACUCCUUUUUAUUGAAGUUUGCCUUCUGAAAAGGACUGCAUUGCACUUAUGUGUUUGUUUGAUUGUUUUUUUUUGUUGUUAUCUGUGUUUUGUUUACCCUGAAGAACCCGUGAACUCUAAUAGAAGCUCCGAGUUUACUCCAUAACUGCUAAACACUUUCUCACAGUACCAAACUCACAAAGUAGCAUUUUUUUUCUCUGACCAUGAUAAGUACAGUCUCUAUGUUUGUACUAAUCCCUUCCCUCUCCGAGCCUUGGUCUAUGGUGUUUGAUCUUAUUUGCAUAUAUAUUGACUCUUACAUUUUCACAUCUGUACCAAAUAGCAGAGGAGAAUUUAAAAUGCUACACUAGGGACUGUGUUGAUUUUUCCGCUUCCUCCAUCCAGAUAUAUACCACUGUGCUGAUGAAAAAGGGAAUCUGCGGAUAGUGCUUCUGCGUGAAACUGUUGGCGUUUGGAUGGGAAUGUAGUGAGCCUUGGUUUUGCAAACAGUAGAGUCCUAUUUUUUUGCUGCAAAGGAACCUCCUAAGAUCAACUCACCCUUUACCUAUAUCAGGUCUCUAAAAAUAUCAGUUCCAAUAUCACGCCACAUAAGUCACACCAGCAGAAGGCCCUGGGAAGGGACAUUAUAUAUCUGGAAGCUUAGCUUUUUCCCCUCUCAUUAGCAUAUCUUUAACUAUUAUUUACCAGAGAAGAUCAGAUUAUGAAGAUGGAUUCAGUGGUUUCAACAACAUUUUUUUUUUUUUUUUGAAGUUGGGUAGUUGUGUUUAGUUUGUUCAACAUUCCUAUGACCUAAACAUGCAUAUUUUGCUCAGGUUCAGACAUUAUGCAAGGUUAGCAGGUCCACAAAAAUAUGCAUAACCACUGGACAUACCACUUCACCUACAAGUGUUUGUGCUGUAAUUGUCAUUCUGUGGCACAGUGGAUGGGCCUGCCGUUAACCUCGUAACAUUACUGAAAAAACACCCAGUAUUUGAUGUUAUUCUUACUGUAAAACACAACAACUUCAUUUCAUUCAAGUAGUAUGUGUCGACUGCUCCCAACAGCAUUUGCUCUGUCAGUGUAUAUACACUGUUGAGACAUCGCAACAACAUUAUGAAGGAUUGAGGGCUGCUAUGACAACACUAAAGAUUAGGGGCUUGCUGUUGUGGUGUCUUUCCCUCCUAGCUUGCUUUUAAAAAGCCAUGCUACUCUGUCCUGUGCCAUGCAGAGCUUAGGUUGUCUUACCAUAUGCUUUGGCAGAUGAGUUGAUCUAUGCCAUGCCAUGAAUCGCAGCCCUGCUUCAGAACCUGAUCAAAGCGCCAGCCAAUCCCCGCCCUCGACCAUGUGGGUUCCAACACGGAGUUCCUGACUAGUAGGUGAAACAUGUCAUUAAACAGGCUGCGGGAGGAACUGAGUACAGUGGAUAUGUUAUUUAGAAGGCCUUGGCAAAAUCAGCGCUCAACAAACAGGUUUUCCGAGCAACAAAGGAGGUAUUACCACAGAUGUAUUGGCAUAGUGGAAAGCCAGCUGUAUACAGGUGUUCAUUGGCAGUGUAUGGUUCUGACGAAAGGAUUGAGAGGGUCUGUCAUUUAGGAUAGUGUCCCAAUUGGUGGAAAUGUGGGACAACUGUGAGGAAAGAGAGAUUCAAAAUGGUUCCUUUAGAUACUGGCAGGUUGAGUCUGAGACAUAUCACCAGAGUAAUCAGUUUUCUCCUGUGCCAUCACCGUAAUGGAGAGAUACUGUACAACUCCCCCUGAGCUAAGAUGAUCUUAGCAUGGCUCGGCACAGUUUUAAAGGGUGUGCAAAAACGGUUGCAGUUGCUGAACGGUGACUGAUAUUCUGCCAAGAAAUCAUUUGAUGUCCCACCAACAAGUCUUUCUCCACUCUGCCAAUAAGUCUUGCAAAUAUUCUAACAUUCAUUUAUUCAAAUAUUGGAGGUCUGAAAAAUGUUGUCUACUGCAUUAAAAAAAAAACCUAAACUAUAUAAAGGCUACAGUAUGGUGAGGUAUGUUUUGCUUUGAGGCUAAUUUUGUGUUUUUUAUUUUUUUUAUUUAAUAGUUUUUUUUUUCUUUCUUUUUUUCGUAAAUGCAAGCUUUGUAACGGCAUUUUAAAGGGUUAUAUAUUACACAUGUAGUACCACAAGCUUCUAUCUUGCAAUUCUACUUUAAAAAAGAAUACAGUAUUGUUUUCAUGAGCUGUUUUGUGUGAUUCAAAGUUUCAUUAAUCCUCAUGAUUUUGCCAUCUGUUGUUGUAUGUGUGACUCUUACUGUAUGUGUGUUGUUUAAACAAAUACGAUUCUCUCUUCCGUGCAGUAUUGUCAGAGAAACUGAGAGAAAAGUGAAACAAGUACUUUCCUUUCAUUGUUUUUUCAUACAAAAAUGUGCUACAGUAGGCCCACAUAAAACAUGGUGUGGUCCUGCUGUCUCUUUGUAUAGUCUGUCAGCCCACGAAUUUCAUUUCUCUAGAACCUUUGCUUGUCAAGCCAUCAUCACAUCUUCACAAAAGGAAGCAGCAGGCAUACUCUAGUUUUUCAGGGUCAUAUACCUAUUUCGUUAUGCACUUUUAGACACUAAAAUCGUUAUGAUGAUCUAAGAGAUAGUCAAGUGAUUCGGCACCUGUCUGCCAUAUAUGAGUCUCAGUUGCACUCCAUCAGAAUUUCCGUAUUGAUCAAUUUCCCAUUUUUCUCUCUUGCUGGAUUUGGAAUUGAUUAAAAAGAGUAACACAUUUGGGACCCCUUUCCGACUCAUCAGUGUUCCAGUUUCCUAUCUUACCUAAUUCAGAAACUAUUUUUGUACUUCCUUAUUUCUCGGCCAUUUUCAUUGAUCUGGUCCAUUUGGAUGUUCUAGGUCAAAUCUGUUCACUGACGUCUCAGUUGGCUUAAGUAUUCCGGCCCACCUACAUCUAGUCCAAAUGCUCUCUCUCUCACACACACAUAAACAUGCAUUCAGUUGCUCUGCUCUCCCCUCAGCCCACACAUAGCAUCUGCUUCACCAAGCUCAGCUUAGUGUAUGUGCAGUAUUAUGUUUUCAAGUUUGUUUGUCCGAGAUUGAAUAUAAAUCUCAGUGUAUAUGUGUGAUUCACUUCAAAGAGAGCUUGUCUUUUUUAUUUUUUUAAAUUGCAGAUACAUUUGGACACUUAUAUGGAAAUGUCUGGUUGUUGUUGCCAUCACACUCAUUUAGGAUGCAGUUAUCUCUCUCACUCUCUCUCUCUCUCUCUCUCUCUCUCUCUCUCUGCCCAUAUCACGCAUGGCCUUUCGCAUCAUCAUCACUAUUCUUGUGCCUUGUUUAUCUACUGUAAAUGGUGAAUGUUGUAAAGUAUAGGCAGGGCUGAAAAACAAAACCAUAGUACAUUACAUCAAAUGGUAUAUAUGAGUACACUAAAGGGUAGGCAGCAAGAGCUUUUUUUCUAGUGUGAAACAACCAUGUUUGGUAUUGCCGGGGCAGCUUGUGGUAUAAUGUAUCUAUAAUUAUGAACAUUUUGGAUGUUUUCUGUACAGUAGAAUUUGCAGAUGUAUAUGCAGCCUUUUGGGAAUAAAUGUACAGUUGAAAUUAA